AUGAGUGAUAGACUUGCAGAAAUGAAGCCAGCUCUACUCCAACUCGUCAGUUCUAAUCAAUUCUCUGGCAUGGAUAAUGAAGACCCUCAUGCUCAUUUGGUCAAUUUCUAUGAGUUGUGUGGCUCUGUGGGUGCUAUGGGGGAGGAGGAAGAAGCAUUGUAUAUGAGACUCUUCCCAUUUUCUCUGAAUGGCAAGGCAAAGGAUUGGCUUCAGUCGCAGCCUAAUCAAAGUCUGACUAGUUGGGAGGAUGUGGAACACAAGUUUCUGGUUCGCUUCUUUCCACCAUCUAAAAGCACAGAGAUAAAGGCUGCAAUUGCUACUUUUGUUCAAGGAGUAGAUGAACCACUGUGUGAAGCCUGGGAAAGAUUUAAAGCUUUAUUGAGGAAGUGCCCCAGUCAUGGCUUUAGUUUGGAGAUGCAAGUGCAAAUCUUCUACAAUGGUUUGCAACCUCAGACAAUGAUGAUGCUUGAUGCAUCUUUUGGUGGGUCGGUUCUAUUAAGAACUGCUGAUGAGGCCAUUGCUGUUAUUGAACAUAUGGUGGCCACUGACAUGCGGAGCCGACGUGGGAGGACUCAAGUUCAGAAAAGGGGAGUUUAUGAACUUAAUACUCAAGAUGCAAUACUUGCACAAAAUAAACUUCUUGCCCAACAGAUGGAGGUCCUAACCCAAAAUAUGGCCAAGUUACCUCAGCAGUUGCAAGCAAUGCAAAACCAAGCCCAACCGCAUCAUCAAGUUAUGAGAUGCGAUUUCUGUGGAGAUAAUCAUCUUAAUGGCCAUUGUCAAGUUCCUAGNGGUUCCCAACCUGAAGAAAUCAACUACAUGGGGAACCAAGGAAGACAAAACUUCUUCAACAACACUUUCCCUAAUCCUCCCAAUCAAGGGUGGAGACAAGCACAAGGAGCCUCUGGUAGUAGAAAUUCUUAUCAACCUGCUCAUCAAUUCUCACCUCAGAAUGAUAAGAAUACAAAACUUGAAGAAACAUUGCACAUGUUCAUGCAACAGUCCAUGCAAAACCAAAAGAACACCGAUGCAUCUAUAAAGAAUUUGGAGAUGCAAGUUGGUCAGUUGGCCAAACGAUUGGCAAAUCAACAAAGUGGACAAUUUUCUGCUAAUACUGAGGCUAAUCCAAAGGAAGAAUGCAAAGUCAUUACCACAAGAAGUGCUCUACAACAGAUUCCAGCCUAUGCUCGGUUCAUGAAGGAGCUACUCACCAAAAAGAAGAAAUACAUUGAAGCGGAAACCAUUGAAGUUCAAGGCAACUGUAGUGCCAUCAUUCAAAAGCUUCUCCCACCGAAAUUUAAAGAUCCUGGUAGUUUUACUAUCCCAUGCACCAUUGGGAAGUUAGCUAUUGGGAAGGCUCUAAUUGAUUUGGGAGCAAGCAUCAAUCUUAUGCCUCUCUCGAUGUUCAAAAAAAUUGGAGAGUUGGAAUUGAAGCCUACUCGUAUGACUCUUCAAUUAGCUGACAGAUCCAUUAAAUACCCUCAUGGAGUGGUGGAAGAUGUGCUAGUCAAGGUCGACAAAUUUCUCUUCCCGGUGGAUUUUGUUAUAAUGGAGAUGGAGGAGGAUACGGAA